AUGGACUUGUUGAGACUUCGCGAUAGAUCCCUGCUGGGCCAAGGCGCCCUUGUCGCAUUUGUCACGUACUGGGCAGUUUGGAUCAUCUACACACGAUGGUUUCACCCUCUCGCCAAGUUUCCUGGACCUUUCUGGGCGUCUGUCACGAGAGCCUGGACGCUUCUUCAUGUGCUUCAUGGGGAUGCUGAGAAGAGGCAGAUGAAGCUACAUGCGAAAUAUGGUUUGGUUCCUCCCGGAGAUAUACUUGAACCUUACUUAUCAAGUAUAGGGUCUGUUGUUCGCAUCGCCCCGAACGAGCUGGUCACCAGUGAGCCGGAGGCUAUCCAAACGCUCUACGGAGCCAGAUCUUUCACGGCCAAGGCCACCCUGGGGUACGUCAGAACCCAGUAUUAUCCACAACAGCGACUGAUAGGAGUAGCACGAUUCCCGGAUCACUUCUCGUCAGAAGGCGGAAAGCAACACGGGGAGCGCCGCCGCAUCGUUAGCCAUGUCUACACAAUGACAAGCAUCCUUCAAUCGGAAAAGUACAUUGAGAAGUGCAUUGCUGUCUGGCUCGAGAAACUAGGCCAGAUGGCGGACCGCAAGGAGUCUUUCGAUCUGUGGAUAUGGACACGAAUGUACGCAUACGAUGUGAUCGGCGAGCUGUACUUUAGUAAGAUGUUCGGCUUCCUCCAGGCCGGUCACGACCACCUAGGAUACAUCGAUGCAACGGAAGAUUUGGUCCCUAUCCAAUUCCUGGCUGCCAAUAUGCCCACCUACGUCCGGGGUUUAUUUAUGCUGACCGGGAUCCUGUUCCCAAAGGUCCGACGGGCAUUGCGAGCCCUAGGAGAUCUGACUGAUGCUACAAAUGCAAUGCUAAAAGACCGCCUCGCUGCUAUACAAAGCGAUUCCGAGGAUAAGCCUCAAAGACACGACAUCCUAGGAAAGCUGCUUGAAAUCUCCCAGAAAAGAGGUAAAGAACUUGAUUUCGUGCUUGAUGAUAUCAAGAUGGAGUCGUUUGGUGCAUUCUUUGCCGGAAGCGAGACAACAGCUCUCACGCUCUCUGGCAUCCUGUACCAUAUCCUCCGCAACCGCAGUGUAUACGAAAAGCUGACCGCUGAAAUUGACACCGCCGUGCAAUGUAACCAACUCAGUACCCCGCACAUUUCCUACAACGACGCCAUUAAACUUCCAUACCUAACCGCCUGCAUUAGAGAAGGAAUCCGCAUGCAUCCCAUCACUGGUGUCUCGUUCCCCCGUCAUGCACCCUCAUCUGGGUGCACGAUCGGCGGGUACUAUAUUCCCCCUAAUGCGCGUAUAGGAGUGAAUCCUGGGGUUAUGCAUUUCAACAAGACUGUUUUCGGUGAAGAUGCGGAUCAGUUUCGACCCGACAGAUGGAUUGACGGCGACGUGAGUAAGAUGGAUCGGUACAUUAUGCAGUUUGGGAUGGGCGCUAGGACUUGUCUUGGCAAGAAUAUCUCGAUGUGCGAAAUCUAUAAGGCCAUCCCGGAGCUUUUAAAGUUUUAUACAUUUGAACUUGCGGGUGAUGAGGACAUGCAGACGACGUCGUAUUGGCUGUAUAAGCCGGUGGCGAUUGACGUGAAUGUUCGACGUCGUUGA